AUGGCUAAAGCGGGACGCUUCUGGGUGCCCUGCGCCCUGAUCGCAGCCCUAAUCCUGGGGUUCACAGAGCCCGUUCGCGCCAGCGAGAAUGACGCCUGCGAAAGCCCCUCUGCCCCCGGGACCUCUGGGCGCAGCCGGGACCUCGGCGACGCGGCCGCGGAUGACACCCAGCCGGAGGACGGCAGCAGCAGCCGCAUCAUUAACGGGUCCGACUGCGGGCGGCGCUCCCGGCCUUGGCAGGCGGCGCUGCUGCUGCGGCCGAACCUCCUCUACUGCGGGGCGGUGCUGGUGGCCCCGCAGUGGCUGCUCACGGCCGCGCACUGCUGGAAGCGGAUUUUCAGCAUUCGCCUGGGCCACCCCUCCCGGUCACCCAUGUACGAAGCUGGGCAGCAGCUCUUCAUGGGGGUCAAAUCCAUCCCCCACCCCAGCUACUCCCGCCCUGGCCACUCCAACGACCUCAUGCUCAUCAAGAUGAACAGAAGAGUCCGUGAGACUGUGGAUGUCAGGCCCAUUAACAUCUCCUCCCAAUGUCCGACCGCUGGGACCAGGUGCACCGUGUCUGGCUGGGGAACAACCAGCAGCCCCCAGACGAACUUCCCCGGUGUGCUGCAGUGCUUGAAUAUCACCGUGCUAAGUGACCAACAAUGCAGGCGAGCCUACCCAAACCAGAUCGACCGCACCAUGUUCUGUGCAGGGGACCAGGCUGGCAGAGAUUCCUGCCAGGGCGACUCCGGGGGCCCCGUGGUCUGCAACGGCCGCCUGCAGGGCCUCGUGUCUUGGGGAGACAUUCCCUGUGGCCAGCCCAACAAACCCGGCGUCUACACCAACCUCUGCCAAUUCACCAAGUGGAUCCAGGACACCAUCAGGUCUAACUAACAAGCCCGCCCGGGGACAGCCUUCUGACAGCUCCCCCAGCAAGCCCCCACCACUAUGGGAUCACUUUUUCCAGACUCUGGUUCCUUCCUGAGGAUGUUUGGCUCUUCAGCCCCCUCCCCCAUGUCUCCUGGGAGCAGGAACCCCCUUCUCCAACAUACCCCGUCUCUCUCGCUGGAUCCUGGGGGGGAGUUCCCAGAAUGGCCAGGGCAGGGGCUGCGUCUCAGCCUCCCCACCAGAACUUCCUUCUCCAGGCCCCAGAGGGGUGCAUCCCUUCU